AACGUCAAGGCACACUCACUGUGCGUGCUGGAGGCAGAGCGCUGUAGGAGGGAGGACGGACGAGGCACGCAUCCGCAUCACCGAGGAGGGUGGCGCGGUGGCACUGCCUGCAGGAAUCCAGUUGUAAAGUCCACACACGAGGAAAAAAUGCGCUGAGGGGGAAUCUGUCAGGAGCCCGGUUGCUAACCAAAGAUCACCUUACAGCACUGAGACAGCUGAAGAAAAACAAUAACGCCCCGGACAAGUUGUGAUUUCAGAGAUGAAUACCAACGAUGCCAAGGAGUAUCUCACACGGCGGGAGAUACCUCAACUAUUUGAGAGCCUGCUGACAGGUUUGAUGUACUACCGGCCCGAUGACCCCAUCGACUACUUGGAGGCCUGUCUGAAGAAAGUCAGGGAGCUCGGAGGACCAGACAAGGUGCGAUGGGAUACCUUUGUGGGCCAGGAGAAGAAGUCCCUUCCCCCUCUCAACGGGGGCCAAUCACGCAGGUCCCUCUUCAGAAAUGUGUUGCCCGACAGUCCCAAUUUUCCCUACAGACGAUAUGAUCGCCUCCCUCCCAUCAGCCAGUUCUCCAUCGAGAGCGACUCAGACCUGUCCGAGACAGCGGAGCUCAUAGAGGAGUACGAGGUGUUUGAUCCAUCGAGACCACGACCCAAAGUCAUCCUCGUCAUCGGUGGCCCUGGCAGCGGCAAAGGAACACAGAGCCUGAAGAUUGCAGAACGCUAUGGCUUCCAGUACGUGUCCGUGGGCGAGCUGCUGAGGAAGAAGAUGAUCCACAACGCCACCAGCAACAGAAAGUGGAGCCUGAUCGCUAAAAUCAUCACCAACGGAGAGCUGGCACCACAGGAAACUACAAUAACUGAAAUUAAGCAGAAGAUAAUGAAGAUCCCAGAUGCUAACGGGAUCGUCAUUGAUGGGUUUCCUAGAGACGUUGGACAGGCCUUGUCCUUUGAGGACCAGAUCUGCACUCCUGACCUGGUGGUGUUCCUGGCCUGCACCAACCACCGCUUGAAGGAGAGGCUGCAGAAGCGAGCCGAGCAGCAGGGACGACCCGACGACAACCCCAAGGCCAUCGACCGCCGCCUGACCAACUUCAAACAAAACACCAUCCCUCUGGUCAAAUACUUCCAGGAGAGGGGCCUUAUUGUUACGUUGGACGCUGACCGAGACGAAGAGGAGGUCUUCUGUGACAUCAGCAUGACUUUGGACAACAAGCUGUUUCCCUCCAAAGAGCCUGCAGCCGGUCCCAGCGAGCUGGACCUCAGUCUACUGGGUGAAACCAGCAGCCUGGCAGAUGCUGCUUGCAAGUACAAUGAGGUUGAAGAGGAGGAGGAAAUUGGGUAUGCUGAAGGAGCCGCAGAAAGUUAUAGUACAGAACAGAGGAAACCAAAGGUCAUCUUCAUGAUGGGUGGUCCAGGCUCAGGGAAGGCUCUCCAGUGUGAGCGGAUGGAGGACAGGUUCGGCCUGCGUCGUGUCACCCUGGGUGACCUGCUGUGUAACGAGCUGCAGUCUCAUAGCGAUAGAGGGCGCCACCUGCGGGACAUCCUGGAGAGAGGAGAGCAGCUGCCCGAGGACACACUGCUGGAGCUGCUGUGUGAUGUGGUGGCGUCGUCAGUACGGCAGGGGAAAGGUCUUGUGAUCAGCAGCUUCCCCAGAGACCUGAAACAGGUGGAGGAGUACGAAGCCAAGAUGGGUGAACCCAGUGCAGUUCUUCUGCUGAACUGCUCGCCUGACACCAUGUCCAGUCGUCUGCAGUGCCGUGGCAGAUCCAGCUCCAGCUUCCACCCUGACACAGACCGAGACAGCGCCGUGCACAGGAGGGCUGAGAGCUUCUGCAACAACAGCCAGGCGGUGGCGGGCCACUACGAACGCAAGAAGCUCCUGCACAUGAUUGACGCUGAGAGGUCGCCGGAUGAAGUGUUCACCCAGAUCUGCCAGGCGAUGGAGUCCUGUCCCACCUUCUGAUUUCUACCGCUUCCUCAGCAACACCACUCCCCACCCCUAUGAAUCUGCUGUCCGAGGGGGGUGGGUGUCCACCUGUGAACCUCCUCUCUCCCUCUGUCUGCCAUAUCACUCCGAGGAGACUCACACCCACAUAACCCCAUCACCAGACAUAUGCUCAUUGAACUCCAGUGGUAUGCAUGUCCCACCUCAUGUUUUGAAACACUCCCAGCAAUCAGUGAAACCUCUCUCUGCUUUUGACACUGAUGAAGCGCCUGGUUGUCACAUUCUGCUUCACCUUCUUGCAUUGUCUCACUCUCUCUCUCUCACACACACUUAGAGCUCGGUACAUGCUGCCAGCUGCCGGAUUGAGGCAGAUAAAUGUACUGAGAAAAUAGCACUCCCCGCUGUGACUGAGAGCAUGUUCCCAGUUGAAUGUGAAAGCCCAGAGAGCUCAGAGAGGAUUCCCGCCAUGCUAGAAAGUGAAAAUGUCAGCGUGUGUUCAUGCUCUCGUGCACAGCGACAUGCUUUACGGUGUAACAAGCAUGCAAGAGUUACAAUCAAGCUUAACUGCUUUUUGUGCAUUAAAUAAAAAGCAGAGUGUUAAAGAUAAUUGCAUUUGUAUGUUUCCAAGCUCAUCGUACAAGUGCUUGUUUGAAGUCUGGUAUUUAACAUUCAAUAAAGACAGUGCAUUUGCUA